GCAAAUCAUUCUGUUCAAGAAAAAAAAAAGAGCAAAUCGUCGGCCCAGCCCACCAUACGGAAGAGAUCUGAGUCGGCGCCGCCGGCCCUUUCUUCCUCGACGCCGGUGACUUCGAGCAGUGAGCAACGAGAGAACUGAAGUGCCAAGCUUCCAAGGACGGCAACUCCCACGCGCCGGCUGCCGUGUGACGCUUGGGAUUCUAGAAGACUUCAAAAUCGUCAAACCGACCUUGAUCCUGGGAGUGGAGCCAAGUUCCAGCACCGAGCAAGCUCGGCGAGAUGAUGUCGCCGAAGCCCUCUGCCUCCACUGCAGCGGAAGGCGGCGGGAUUCCCUCAAACUUCCGCUCUACGCCGACGGCGAGGUCAACACCAUUGCAAGUAAUUCAUAUUUUGGGGAACUUCGUUAGAAUUUGGUCUGUGUACUCGUUAUAUAGCUACCUAUCAAGUAGUCGGGAUUCAAUAGUUGGCUUUAUCUUCAGUUGCCUUGUACCUGCUUCAGUCAUCUUCUUAGUCUUGCAGAAGCCUUGGAAAGGUCGGCCUCUGCCCAACUCACAGGUUGUUCCUACUGUUAUCAAUGGAGGAAUUCUAGCAUUGUACUUCGUGUUGUGGGGUAAAGGACUUCUUGCUUGUGGACCACUAGUUUCUCUGCUGGCGGAGUACUCAGGUGCUGUUCUUGGUGUUCUCUCUGCUGCUUUAUAUGGAAGGAAAGCCAAUAUAUGGAAAAAGAUUGGAGGCCUCUCUGCUAUGAUGCUAUCAUACUAUCUGUUAUCAAAUGGUUGGGCUACGAGAACAAAUUCGCCACUCUAUAGCUUUGGAGGUGAACCACUGGAGAAGGAAACACAAAUUACUGGAAUGAAAGAAAUGGUUGUGCCAAUUACUGCUGGAGUUUUAUCUGCUUUGAGGAGAGUAUUGGCUCGGCGGGUCUCUCUCAAGAAUCAACUUAAAAGGCGUCUUCAUGCAAUAACUUUUGCUUCUGCAACAUGUUUUCUUUUCCCAUUUGCGAUGUGGGAUACAAUUCUUGGUUCAGCAUCUGACAGCAUAGUUAAAGUGCAACUUCCAAGCUGGGCAUACUUGAGUACUGUUUUGUUUGGAAUAGUGCUUAUAUUCUAUGUUGACAAUAUUGCCGAGGAAAAAUUGCAUCUGGUCUUCUCUUCUCCAAGGUACCUGAUGGUUUCAACAGGUUGCAUCAUUGUUUUGGAGAUAUAUUACAAAAUGGACUUCUCCCUUUUGGGCUUUCUGCUUUGCUCUCUAAUUUUGGGAUUUGGCAUUUUCGAAGCAACCUCCUUGGAGCGCUCAAAGAAAAGUCCAUUAGAGGCAAAUGAACUCUCAAAUGGAUCAUUUCACAACCACUUGCCAAUUUCAGCACUUCCAAGCUAAAACUCUCAAAAUAACCCCGCGCUCGAGAAAAUGGCUGCUGUUGCUCAGCUCAAAUACGUGGUUUAUACUAGAGUUUGAACCACACAGGUUUUGGGCGUUUUGUCAUGUGAAUUUUUCGGUGAUCCUCCACUGAAACUGGUAGCAGUGUGCCAGUGUCCAUCCCUGUAACUCCCUGAUAUCUGCAUGGUAGUUAAUGCAUUUGUCACAGAAAAGAUCCUCUUUCCAGAUUGUAGUGGUGAUUUUUGUGCAAUCCCCCGGUUGGAUACGAAGAUGUUUUGAACAAUGAAAUGUGUAAACUAUCGGCAUAAUGGCCAACAUGAUAACUGUAUACUUAUAUGUACUUUGUGCACUCCAUCGACAACCCCUAA